AUGAGGGGAAUCUCCUUCGGGGAAGGGGAGGGGGCCCUGAGGGACUUCUACAAGAUCCUGGGGGUGUCGCGCGGCGCCUCCGUGAAGGACAUCAAGAAGGCGUACCGCAAACUGGCGCUGCAGCUGCACCCCGACCGCAACCCCGACGACCCCCGCGCGCAGGAGAAGUUCCAGGACCUGGGAGCGGCCUACGAGCCCGCGGAAAGGAGGGACUUCUACAAGAUCCUGGGGGUGUCGCGCGGCGCCUCCGUGAAGGACAUCAAGAAGGCGUACCGCAAACUGGCGCUGCAGCUGCACCCCGACCGCAACCCCGACGACCCCCGCGCGCAGGAGAAGUUCCAGGACCUGGGAGCGGCCUACGAGGUGCUGUCGGACGAGGAGAAGAGGAAGCAGUACGAUGCGUACGGAGAAGAGGGGCUGAAGGACGGGCACCAGAGCUCCCAUGGAGACAUCUUCUCGCACUUUUUUGGGGACUUUGGAUUCAUGUUUGGAGGGAAUCCUCGCCAGCAAGACAGGAACAUUCCCCGAGGAAGCGACAUCAUUGUGGAUCUGGAAGUUACAUUGGAGGAGGUUUAUUCAGGAAACUUUGUGGAAGUCGUUCGAAACAAGCCCGUGGCCAGACAGGCACCGGGCAAGCGGAAAUGCAACUGCCGGCAGGAGAUGAGAACCACCCAGCUGGGCCCCGGCCGGUUCCAGAUGACACAAGAAGUUGUUUGUGAUGAAUGUCCCAACGUCAAGCUUGUGAACGAAGAGCGGACGCUAGAAGUGGAGAUAGAGCCGGGUGUGAGGGACGGAAUGGAGUAUCCCUUCAUUGGGGAAGGUGAACCUCAUGUGGAUGGAGAGCCAGGCGAUCUGCGCUUCCGAAUAAAAGUUCUUAAGCAUCCAGUCUUUGAAAGAAGAGGGGAUGACCUGUAUACAAACGUGACAGUCUCGCUGGUCGAGGCACUUACGGGCUUCGAAAUGGAUAUUGCCCACUUGGAUGGGCACAAGGUUCACGUUGCUCGGGACAAAAUUACGAAACCUGGGGCCAAGGUGUGGAAGAAAGGAGAGGGCCUUCCAAAUUUUGAUAACAAUAAUAUCAAAGGCUCGCUAAUAAUAACGUUUGACGUGGAGUUUCCCAAAGAGCAGCUGACGAACGAGCAGCGGGAAGGUCUCAAACAGCUAUUGAAGCAAGGAUCAGCGCAGAAGGUGUACAAUGGAUUGCAGGGAUAUUAGUUUGAAGAAAAAAAAAAAGGACUUAAUUGUGAAAUGAAAAGUCAGAUUUGUCAGAAGUCUAUUCUGCCCGUUGUAGAGUGAAAAAGAGGGAGGGGGGAGCAAUUGUUGAGGUAUAUAUAUAAAUUCCCUUUUUUUUUUUUUGUAAAUGGUGAAAGUGCUCAGACGAGUUGGGGAAAACUCUACCCUUUUCAGGGCAUAACUGGUGCUGCCUAUAAUGUUCAAUGUCCUGGAACAAUGAAAAGACUUCUUGU